UGCUGCACACAGUACUUUUGAUUACAGCACAGUACCUACUGUAGGUUUGCCCCCGUCCUAUUAGAGCUCUCGAAGCAAGCGAUUUGAUCUCGUGACGUGCCUUCACACGACAGCUUCAUCUGCUGAUGACAUUGAUUCACUGUUCAUUCAUAUUCAAGAGCUUAUCUACGGCGGCAUCACCGUCUCCUCUUUCAGGCUACUUUGUGUGAGACAUCAACGAGUUGUCUGUCGUCUCCUCCUUAACUUGUUCUCGUCUAACUCUGCAAUAUCGCAAUCAUGCUGCACCAGCUGAAGUACACUCCAUGGACCUCGGACAUCGACAUAGCUUUCUAUCAAGCUCUAGCCUCAUUAAAGAUCAAUCAUGACAAGCUAGACUCAUCUGCACGAAGGGUCCUCGGCCUAUACGAGAUCAACCAUCGAGACUCGCCCGAGCGCUCUACUCGCAUGCAAAUUCACGCCAAUGCUCUGACCAAUAAUGAUGCUCCAAAGAAUCUUUACCGAGCAGAAGGUUACAUUCGGAACUUCAACACCGUCGAAGAAUUCAUCAAUGUGGAUCGCGCUCAGCAUCUGGAACGCGUGGGCCGGACUAUCUGGGAUGCCAUCUGUGACGGGACCAUCUAUUCGUGUCCAUCCUUACUUUGCUCCUUCUCCGCCAUCUGCUACGCCGACUUGAAAAAGUACCGCUUCACCUAUCACUUCGCCUAUCCUGCCCUGGUGUCAGAUCCUGCGUGGAAGUUAUACACCAAGGAAGAUAGCCCAGAAACUCUCUCCACGAAAUUGGAGAGCAAAGAGACGACGACUUUGGUGGAUGCAGUACAGACAUGGAGAUACAGCGUCGAUGCGCGACAACACGGAUUUUUCCUCGCGAAACGCUUGCGAAAGACGGUGCUGGAGGAGGCAUGGCGGGCUGGUACGGGCGAGAUUGAGGAAGAUGAAGAGGACGGGAACAUGAGCACCAAGCCCAACCCAAGGAAAGCGCGAUCGUCAAGCCUGAGCGAGCUCGGAUUUCUAUGGAUGAUCGGCUCACUUGAGGAUUUUGAAAAGGGCUUCUUUAACAACGCGAGUCCGGCGGAUCGAUACGUGUGCUUUGCGGACGCAUCGACGUACGCCGAAAAUCCGGCUUGGAUGUGCCGAAAUCUACUCGUGCUGGCUCGUCAACGAUGGCAUCUGGACAGCUUACAGUUAAUGUGCUAUCGCGACACACAUGCUCGCCGGGAGCAUCCAACUUCCAUCAUUUUCCAGAUCCGAUCGGCGGAACCUGUUCAUGGUGAGCAACAAAAUGCUCUUCACAUGGGCAGCGGGGCAUCAUCGAAUGCAUUGUUGCCUGGACAAGUGGAUGCUGCUGGCGAACUCAUCCCUGAAGCCUCCAAAGCAACCGAGCCUACAGAGAAGGCUCUACCCAAAGUCCCUCGGAUAACAGGGUGGGAGCGCACGAGCGAUGGCAAAAUGAGACACCGGACAGUGGACCUCGCCUCGCAAAUGGAUCCCAAAAGAUUAGCCGACCAGGCAGUGGAUCUCAACCUCAAACUCAUCAAGUGGCGUAUAUCGCCUUCGAUCAACCUAGAUGUCAUCAAGAACACAUCUUGCCUCCUGAUCGGCGCUGGUACCCUAGGAUCGUAUGUCGCGCGGAAUUUGAUGGGAUGGGGCGUUAGGAAAAUCACAUUCAUCGACAACGGUAGCGUGAGCUACUCGAAUCCCGUUCGCCAACCACUGUACACCUUUCGCGAUUGCACAGUAGGAGCCCCGAAAGCUACAAGCGCAAAGGAGGCUCUGAAGGAAAUCUAUCCCAAUGUGGAAGCUGAAGCUUCUAUCCUCACAGUGCCCAUGGCCGGCCAUCCCAUCAUUGGCGACGAGAAUAAAGUACGAACUGCGUUCGACGAACUGCGAUCACUCAUCGACAAGCAUGACGCAAUUUUCCUGCUGAUGGACUCCCGAGAAUCACGCUGGCUGCCCACAGUGAUGGCCAAGUCCGCUGGCAAGAUGGUCAUUAACGCGGCUCUAGGAUUUGACACAUACAUGGUCAUGCGUCAUGGUCUCCGUCCUGUAUCAUCUGAGCAGGAAGUCACCUCCGCAGGGACAUCAGAUUCAAACGUGAUUACGGAAACUCCGUCAAAUAAACAAGAGGCUCCUGCAGAAUUGGCUUGUUACUUCUGUUCCGACGUCGUCGCUCCCGCCGAUAGUCUCAAGAACGCCACCCUGGAUCAACAAUGCACCGUUACACGCCCCGGCGCUGCACCAAUUGCCUCCGCCUUAGCUGUCGAACUUCUCGUCUCUCUCACACAACAUCGUCUGAAGGGUCGUGCUCCAGCGUCUACGCCUCCGACUUCCACCGCCAUCGCAUCGGCGCCUCCUAUCGAUCCCUCCGAGCCAGACUCUCAUCCCCUCGGCACUGUUCCGCAUCAAAUCCGCGGGUUCAUGUCAACCUGGCAAACCAUCCAAACGCGCGCUACGGCCUAUGAUCACUGUGCCGCAUGCUCGCCCGCGGUCCUCGCAGCAUACGAGAGCGACUCCUGGGAUUUCGUCCGCCGCGCUCUCAACGAAAAGGGCUUUGUAGAGAGCAUCAGCGGACUAGCUGAGGUGCAGCGAUUGGCGGAUGAGGCUGCAGCGCGCAUGGAGGCGGAGAUGGAUGCUAUGAGCAUCGAGGACGAUGAUGGAGAAGAGGGCGAGAUGAUUUAGGGAUUUCCUCGCCCUGUCUCCGUGGAUGGGGAUUGUGGUUCGAAAGCGAUCGAAUCAUCAGAUGUUGAUUUCGAGGACCAAGGCUAUGGUGGUUUUAACAGCGCUGAAGAAUUUGUUCACGGAUGCGAUCAGCAUGAUCUUUCGAUCGUCGGGUUUGGUUCUCUGGCGCGCUCGGCAAGGGCGGAGAGAGUCGCCAAGCGCGGCACACAUCUGUACAGCUUUUGGCCGCAGCGCUGAGUUCGCGACAUUGUAUCUGUAGGUAAUCCUGACUGGCAGGGCGAUAUCCGCGAUCGUGAUCAAUCAGUAGCAGCAACAACAGCAGUCGGCGCAGAUAAUUGCAUUUUUUUCGCUCGGUUUGAACACAGCAUGGCUGUGUUCACAGUGCCAG